CGAGGCCCUGUUACUCACGCGAAUCCCUGGAAGUACCUGAGGAGGCAGCGCGGGCCCGGGAACGGAGGGAACCCAGGGCUCUCUCCUUCGCUGGGGCUUUUUUUGGCGGGAGCAGCCCCUUCUCUUUCUGUCCUCCUCUUACUCUGGGGGUAAGGGAAAGGGCAGGGGCGCCACCUUUUUGCAGCCCGAGGAGGCAAGAAGCCGGUAGACGAGAGACUCCACCCAGGUGGGUGAGAGGCGGGAAGGGACAGGAAGAAGGUGCCGCCGCCCCCCGCACUGUUUUAACAACUCUUGGUUUCAAUAUUACCUGGAAGCUUUGCCUCUAAGACUUGAUAAGGGGCAUGUACUCUGCAUAUUUGCGGCGAGCAUCCUUACUGGGGCCGAGUAGUCGUGCUUAUUUUGUGGGGGAGGGGGGUCCUCUGCUAGCAUGCUUGUUGGGGAGCAACCGGGGUUUCCUUCUGAGUAAACAUGCAAGGGAUAACACUGCAUGGCUAGAAUCCUUUGAUCGCUUGCCUAGGAUGUUUAUAUCGAAUCAUAGAGUUGGAAGGGUCUAUGAGGGUCAUCUAGUCCAGCCCCCUGCAAUACAGGACUCUUUUUUGCCCAACAUGGGGCUCGAACCCCUAAGCCUGAGAUUAAGAGUCUCAUGCUCUACCGACUGAGCUAUCCAGGUCAGAAUGUCAUUUCUUGUAACUUGAAUCCAUUGCUUUGGGUCCCAGCCUCCAGAACAGGAGAAAAUGGCUUCGUGCACUGAUUUAAUUCCAAGUGGAUUCAGGUGGAAUCUUAAGUGUGCAUACUUUUUAGUAAGGAUGUUGCAAAUGGUAAGGCUUGCUUCCAAAUAAGCAAGUUAUUGUUUACUUCUUGUUAGUGAUGGAGUUGAUAUAUGCUUGCAGUUCAUAUAGCUACAUCAGGAAGAACUUUCUGACAGCAAGAUCCGUUUGACAGUGGAAUAGACGCCCACAAGAGGUGAUGGACUUUCACCUUCCUUUUAAAGCAGAGGUUGGAUACCAUUUAUCAUGUAUGAUCUAGUUGAGAUUCCUGUAUUGCAGGAGGUUGGACUUGAUGACCCUUGGAGUCCCUUCCAACUCUACAAUUCCAUGAUUCUAUGGCUCGAGCAAGCAAGCCAUGCUGUAGAAGUAAGGCAAGCACAAACAUCCUUCCUUGGGGUCACUAGCAAACAUACUCUGUAAAGACAGUCCUUUUUGACUUCAGAUUUGGCAUCAGUUAGCCUGGGUGAUCAAAAACCCAUAGAUUUACUUUUGGGAAAUUGUAUUAGAUGCCAACAGCUAAAUAUGUUUUGAAUAACUUAACAAUGUUUGGUGUGUGUUUCUGAUGUGCCUUCAGAGCUGUCUGUCCCUUUGUACACAGAAUUAUCUGUCUUUCAGCAUUUGCCUUUCUUAUUUAUUGCAGGAAAAACUUAUCAGGAAGAUAAACAGUAAUAAUUAUAAAAACCAGUGGAUUUGCUUAGAGAUGACUGAAUGGGUGACAAAUAAAUGGAAAUAGAAUAAUAAUUCGAAAGCAUCAAAAAUGUUAGACAACGGAUAAAGAUAGACAGAAACCAUAGCACUUAUGCUAGAAAAAACAGCUUUGUGUGUGAAGUCCAAAGCAUAUUUGACAUAAAUACUUGCCAUCAUAUUGGUGACAUUGCCAUUAUGAACAGCAAGAAGAAAUAACGAGGUAAAUGCAAUUCAGGAAAUUCUGGACAAAUGCAUUACUGAUGAGGCAACUGCCUUCGUAUUAUUUAUACAAACUAGUCCUCAUACCAUUUUAUUUCUUGUUUCUAAAAUGCAACAGAAAAAGUUGCAAAAUGCAUAAUGGCAUUUAAACAUACAUGUUUUGCAGACUGACUUGGCCUUAGAUUCUAAUGUACGUUACCUGAAGUUUGCAAAAGGAAAUUUCCUGUCCCCACUGUGGCACUGCCCCUCUGCAACCAACUGUGUCCCUUGAAAAGCCUCACUGAUGGGCUAGGAGACACUCUCAAGCAACAUAGGAUGGGAUGUGGCAGCCUCCAGAGGGAUGGGGUGGGUCCUAAAACAAACAUAUUAGAUGUCAAAGGCCAGGGUAAAGAGGUGCCUCUUCAGCAUGCAACAAAAGCCAUACAAUUUAGGUGCCAAGCACGAUGAUAAUGUAUGUGAAGUACUUUUCGUGUACUAAAGCAAUAUGUAAAAUACUUUGCUGCUCCCUCUGCAAAUUUUAAAGUUGGGUUGGGAUUUUCUGAUCUGGUUGACUGAGCUACCCUGCCAAAAACAAACCCUAACAGCCUACUUUUGUGAAUGUUUAUUAAAAGUGUCUAUUAGGAUUACAGCCUAAACUAGGGAGGGGAACCCUCAGGAGAGAGUUUCAUUUAGUCUUUCUCUCCCUCCACCUUCUCCCACCUUCUGUUCUCUCUCACCCUGGCACUCCUCCUCACUGCUCCUAAAAUAGAUGGGCAACCUUUUUUCUGUCAAGGGCCACAUUUCCUUGGACUGCUCAUCUGCUGGGAGUGGGUAGAGCCAGAACUACUGGUGCUUAUGAUGGACAUUAAUUCAGAAUAAAGACCACCCUGUUUCAAUUUUCACUGGCUACCUCAAAAUAAAAAUUCCUAAUCCUUUACAGGUCUACUCAGAAGUAAGCCCCACUGUGUUUGAUGGGAUUAUUCUUAAAUAAAUAUGCAGAGGAUUUUUUAUUUAUUUAGUACAACAGACCAAUAUAGCUAAUGUUCUGGAAAGCAAGUGAAAAAAUUUAUUCGUGAUUCUGGUGUGUGUGAGUGUAUUCAGAAGCAUAAUAAUUUGAUAUUAGAUAGUGAGGUGGGGAAAACUUCUUUUCUGGAAGCCAAACAACCAUGAAAACGUUUUUUUAAAAAUAAAAAAACUCAUCAAUUAUCUAUAAAAAACUAUCCUGUGUUCUAAAAUGACAUAAUAGAAGGUGGGGCACUUAAAAGUCAGGAAAAAUAAGGAGGAAAGGAAUGGAGAGGAAAGACCUCUGAUGUGAUGGAAGAAUGAGGCAGUUUAAGGAAGCAUUGGGGCUGCAUAAAAUGUGGCCUGCAGGUUGCCCACCUUGACCUAGAACAUGGGAGUAAGCCAGGAAGGACAUCUGCCAUCAGCAAAUAUAUAUUCAGUAAUGGGUCAUCUUGUGAAACAGUUCAUUAUGAUAUUCAUAGUGUAAAUGCCCUCCCUACCUUUGUUUUCCCUCACCUUUUAGAAUUGUAUUCAAAUAACAGUUCUGACAUUUCAGGAUUAGAGUUGUACAGAAUGCAGCCUGAUACAUAAAUGUGGGCAAAAAUAGUUUUUAACAUUAGGGACUGAUUGGUGUAAUAGUAGUUUCCUGGUGACAUCAUAGUAAAUCUCAGCUGUCAAAAGAUUUUUCCCCCAGAAGAGGUUAUCUACAGGGCACUUUUGCUAAAUUACACUUAAAAUGGCAUUCACAGCUUCCUGAGGAGCCAAACUAUCUAUCUAUCUAUCUAUCUAUAUAUAUAUACAUAGUCUAUAGCUUGCAUAAAUUUUAUUACUUUUUAUUUAGUAGUGCUUAAACAACUGCUAUUGCCUUUGAGUAUGGACUGCAGCAAAAGUCUAUUGAUUAAUUUAGACACUGUACAAAGAUUUUCAUCAAAGUUAUAUUUUGGAGCUGAAAUGUAGAAAGGAUAAGUUUGAUUGUUAAUAGAAAUGUGUCAGAAUGGGUGUUAUAUUAUCAAGUGGACAAAUGAUGCAUUUAAAUGUAUUUAAUGUAUUUAAAUUUAAAUGUAUUUAAAUUCUUCAGGAAGGGAAGAGGAAGGCGGAAAGUUGUUGAAAUAUAUUGUUCUAUUACUUUGGAAAUCAAUGCUUUUUUUAAAAAAAAAGUUUCAGGUGUAAGAGCAUUUAGAGCAAUAAUUUCUUGAAUGUCCAAAUUUGGCAGUUGCCAUGAUACUCUGAGGUGCAGAGGUGGUGGUGGUGGUAAUUGGAUUGAUAGUUAAACUGAUACAAUUAUAAAUUGCUUUUUUCCAGAGAUUAACACCAGAGAUAGAGAAAACAUCUUUGUACUGAAAAUGGAAAGAGUGCUUGCAAACUGACCUGCUUGCUGGACAGUGCUACAUCCGUUACACUCCUUUAGUUCUUCACAUGCUUCAUUUGUAGAAUCUUGUAGUGGAUGACAAGUGCAACACUCCAGUUACUUCCAGGUUAGUCACUAAAACGCACUUGAAGAUAAAAUUGGAAACUUCAAUUGGUUGAGAACAUUGUGGCCAGAUUUGUGCCUGGGGUCAGCAGGAUGGAUCAUAUUAGGCCAAGUCUGUUCCACUUUCAGUUUGUUUCUGGGCUCAAUUCAUGGUAUUGGCUUUGUCCUGCAAAGCCUCUAAGUGACCUGAGAACAGCAUAUCUCAGCAACCACUUCUGCCUAUAUGAACCAGCUCAAGCCAAGCGCUCAGGUUCUCAUACUCUCCUUGUCUUCCCUUGGCCUAUGGAAGUAGAGCUAGUGGAGAACAAGAGAGUGGCCUUUUCCACUGUGCCUAAACUAUGGAAUAGACUCAUUAGGGAGACCUGCUCUUUGCCAGCUUUUAAGUAGGCUUUUAUCUUAUUCCAUUUGGCUUUGUUGUGGUUAGAGCCUCUGCUGAUGUUUUUAGCUUGUUGUUGCUGGUAUAAUUUUAUGAUGCCAUUUUAACUGCUGUUCUCAUUUAUUUAUUUAUUUCUGAAUACCUUAUAUUGAGAUUUCUAUAACAACUAAAUCAAAUUUUUGUAAUGCAAUAUCAAAGAAGAAACAUAAAAAGCAAGUUAUACCAUAGAGUACGUACAAAGUGACUAAACGACCUUUGUGGUCUCUUCCAACAGUUCUAUGAUUCUGUGAUUCUAUAUCAACACUUCUGAGCUUACAGACACUUGUGUGCCCACCAGUAUUUCCUAUGGCACCUGCAAAAUGUCUCCGUAAAUAUCCCCUAAAAAUCUACGUUGCGUUAACAAUUGUUUGCUUUUGAUGCUCAGCUUGUGUUUGCACUGGCUCAGCCUCUCCUACAUUGACCUCGCCCCUUAAACAUGAACACAUUUAAUUGGAUGCCAGAAGUCAGUGCUCACCCUCUUUCUCCAUUUGAACAAAGGAGAGGUGCAAAGAACUUAUGUAUGAGCGUGGUGAUGGCCGAUGUAGGGGUCUUUUUUCCAGUUGUUGGGGGGCAGGGGGUGGGGCAUGUCCUCACAAUAUUGUGGUCAUGUCUCUUUUCUGCUCUUUUAGAUGUGGCAGCCAUUUUGUGUUAUGCCUUACCCUCAUAGCAACUAUUAUGUGACUGGCAUUUGGCAUACUUUAUCAGAAUCCCAAAUGUUCCCAGUGACCCAAAAAGGUUGGCAACUUCUCAACUUGACGUUCCAACAAAAGAUGCUACUAUUUUGUCUAUCCUAUGUCAGACCUAAGAGCAGUUUAGAAGUACUGUUGUAUAGUUGAAAUUGAAAAACCCAAUAUAUAAUAAAAUAUUGAACUGCAUAUUCACAGUGGGUGGCGGCAUGCUUCCAGUCGCACAGCACUCACUGGGACAGGAAGGUGGUGAGAUGGCAAAAUUAGGAGUGCUCCAAGGUGGUUGCAGGCCAGCAGGUGCACACACUCAUUCAAAACUGCAGCUGCCAACCUGGAAGUCCUCCAUCUUUUCUGUCACCACUUCACCCCAGCCACAUUUCAAUGAGCACAAUACUGCUGCCACCGGAUGGAGGACACCACUAUCUCCGUCCUGCCCCUGCCCAAGCCACUUCCAUAAAUUGAUACAGAUUUAACAAUGAAUCUGUGGCACUAUACUAGUUUAGCAGUUUUCAAUAACAGUAUGUAAAUCUCUUCUCUGCCACUUUACAGUUCAGUAACUCUACUAAUUGCUCUCAUUGAACCCUGUUACUCGUUUCAAGGUUCUACUGCUGUAUUACAGUCUAUGACAGAAAUAUCUUUUUGGCCAUGAGAAGCUCAGGUCAUUAGGCACUUGAAAUGUUUCUCUUCUUGCCUGCAAUCUAGUUGUACUGAAAAGGGGGAAGUGGUCUCUCUAUAAAGCUACCAUGGGUGUGGUCCUUUUGUGCAGCGGUUUUGCUACACAAAAAGAUCCUAAUUUGGGCUAUCUUUUAAUUGCUCCACUGUUAAUUUUAUUGCGUUUUACACAUAUGGAGCUGGAGAAAAUGUUGUUCUGCUUGCUAAUUCAGUUGUAAAGCAAUUACAAGUAACAGAUCGAUAUUGGGAAGUAUAAAAUCAGGAGCGUAACUUCAGAUAUUAAACCACGAAUUGAUUUUCUUGUCAAACCAUAAGUAAGUGUUGCUCUAAUACAUGUUUCAGAGAUAAGAGGGCAUUCUGCACGGCAACUGUAGUAUUUGGUAGCAGUGAAAUAAAUAAUUUUAUUUCUCGUGUGUUGAUUAACUCUUUAGGUGCACCGUCUAGUGAUUUAUGCAUUCCCACCAUUGCAUUUGGUAUCUUCUUAUAUAGGAUUAUUUUACAACUUCUCCCAAUUUAAAUAAAUUCAAUGCUUUUUCACCCAUCAGGAGGUAGAAUGGCAAGAUCUUGCUCCCAUUCAUAAUUUAUAUAUUUAUUAUUUAUUAAAUUUAUAUAUCGGCCUAUACCAGGAGGUCUCAGGGUAGUUCAAUUUAUGACCCUAUGGGUUUGAAUUUGUGGUAACUGGUGAUUGACCAGGAAAGAGCACUUGAGUUUCUGAUGAAAAUGUCAGCCUAGUAUGCGGCAGUGUUAGAAACUGAAAUAUGAAAGCUAGGAGCUAAAUGGCACCUUAAACCUAGGUUAUGGGCGCAACAACAGAUUGUCUAGGCGUGUUUUUUUUUAUAACGAAUGCAAAGCUGAAAAUGAAUGAACUGCAGCUAAAAUGUUAUGUUCAUUUUCCACAGGGUUUAGUCCUUCCCCUGCCCACCCCCCUAAUAUUCUUAAGAGGGUCUAUUCUCCAGGCUUCAGAGAGUAGAUGGAAGUGGGGAGGCAGAAUAAGGUCCUCCUUUCCUUCCACUCUGCAGUUUUAAUCUGAAAUCUUAGAUGCAGUACUGCACCGAGCUCAGAAACUGCUCACACUAAUGAAAUUCCCUGUCACAAAAUGUGCCUAGAACCAUGGAAAUUUUGAGCACUGCAAGCAAGGAAGGACACAUUAAAGGUGUGUCUGAUUUAUACAUGGUUUGCAAGAAGUGGGUAUCAUUAUACUAGAAUGCAGGGUCUUCCAACAAAACUGAUGUUGGAAGAUUCAGAGCACGCAGUUUAUACAGUGCAUAGUUAAACUUUGGAAUGUGUUCUUACAAGACAGAGUGAACUUGAAUGACUUUAAAGAGAAUUAGACAAAUUCAUGAAGGAUGGGGCUCUCAAUUAAUACUAACCAUGAGGACUGUGUUCUACUAUUUCUCUGUGUACCAGUUGCUGGGAAUCACAAGUGGAGAGAGUUGCUAUUGUACUCAGCUGCUGCUUGUCACCUUCCUAUAGGCAUCUGUUUGAACACUGUAAAAAUAUUAUGCUGGACUAGAUGGAUCUGAUCCAGCAGAGCUCUUCUUAUGCUUUCACAUUGUUAUGUAAUUUCAGGGUUCCCCUGAUGAGGCUGUAUAAACCCUUUACUUUUUAAAUAAAUGAACUACAGUAGUUGAAUUUCUUUCAUUUUUCUCUAAACAAGUAAAGUUUUUAGUGCUACUUUUAUUUCUGGGUUGAAUGUAGAAUUUCACUGUUUCAUAGUUGUUUUAUAGUCUUUUAUGGUUAUUAAUUGACAGCUUUGUUUGUUAUUGGUUCUUGGAAUGACUAAGCAUUUGUGGGUGAAUAUAAUCUAAAAGGAACAGUGGGGGUUUAAUGGUUUUUUAUUUUUUUUGCCCAGAAACAGUAAUGUAUCACAGUUACAUAUAUGUAAUGAAAUGUGAAAUUCAGGGUGUAUAGGUGGAACAUUUUAUACCUGUUUUCAAUGUCAUUGCACUUUUAACACCACACUAUCUAGAUGCAUCAGACUGACUUUGACUUAAGAAUGUAAGAAGUAAGUGCUGAAACCAAACAAGUUUCUCUUCCUGUGGUUAAUGUUUAGGACAUUCUGGGAUGGACCUAAACUGGAAAUUAGGCCGAGUCUCAAGACCAGGUUCUGCUACAGUUCGGGUCACAGAUUUGGGUCGGCAAGGUCUCCUGAAUCCUAGUCCAUCAAUUAAAGAUGAUGAUGAAGAACUACUUGUGAAUGAAUAUCUUUCCCCCAACAAACUAGUAAGUAGAUACCAAUUUAAUGCAUCUGGAAUGAGAACUCUGGAAUGGAAACAAUCAAAUUAGGCUUGCUGAUAUACAUUAUAAAUAAAUAAUAAUAAUAAUAAAUUUUAUUUAUAUCCCGCCCUCCCCAGCCGAAGCUGGGCUCAGGGUGGCUAACAACAAUCAAAAUAAUCCAACAUUCUAAAAACAUUCAUUAUAAAAUUAAUUAAAAUCAAAUUGAUGGCAACCAUUAAGCAAAAUUCUGUGCAGAUUGCCAGAGGAGGGGGUCAGGCUGUGCCCUGACCAAAGGCCUGGUGGAACAGCUCUGUCUUGCAGGCCCUGCGGAAAGAUGUCAGGUCCCGCAGGGCCCUAGUCUCUUGUGACAGAGCGUUCCACCAGAUUGGAGCCGCGGCCGAGAAAGCCCUGGCUCUAGUUGAGGCCAGCCUAACCUCUCUGUGGCCUGGGAUCUUCAGGAUGUUUUUAUUUGCAGACCGUAAAUUUCUCUGUGGGACAUACCAGGAGAGGCGGUCCCGUAGGUACGAGGGUCCUAGGCCGUAUAGGGCUUUAAAGGUUAAAACCAGCACCUUAAACCUGAUCCUGUACUCCACCGGGAGCCAGUGCAGCUGGUAUAGUACCGGCUGAAUAUGAUCUCGCAGCGAAGACCCCAUAAGGAGUCUCGCUGCGGCAUUCUGCACCUGCUGGAGUUUCUGGGUCAGUCUCAAGGGCAGCCCCACGUAGAGCGAGUUACAAUAAUCCAGUCUGGAGGUGACCGUCGCGUGGAUCACAGUGGCUAGGUCAGGGCGAGAGAGAUAAGGAGCCAACUGCUUAGCUUGGCGGAGAUGAAAAAAUGCCGCCUUUGUUAUAGCUGUAAUCUGCGCCUCCAUAGAGGGGAGGUAUCGAAGAUUACACCCAAACUCUUAACGGACGAUGCUGGCACUAAUUGCACCCCGCAAGAGAUGGGAGUUGCCCCCUCAAUCCCAUAUCGCCCCGUCCCAGCCAGAGGACCUCUGUCUUCGAAGGAUUUAGCUUCAACCGGCUCCCACGUAACCAUCCAGCCACAGCUUCCAGACAUCUGGUCAGUGUGUCUGGGGCCGAGUCAGGAUGGCCAUCCAUCAACAGAUAGAGUUGGGUGUCAUCGGCAUACUGAUGGCAACCCAGCCCAAAACUCCGGACAAGCUGGGCGAGGGGGCGCAUAAAGAUGUUAAAAAGCAUCGGGGAGAGAAUCGCACCCUGAGGCACUCCACACACCAAGAAGUGGCGCGAUGACAAUUCCCCCCAAGCGCCACCCUCUGUCCCCGACCAGAGAAAAACGAGCGCAGCCAUUGAAGUACUGUGCCCUGGAUCCCCACGUCGGCAAGGCGGUGGUCCAGAAGUUCGUGAUCGACCAUGUCGAAGGCUGCUGACAGAUCUAGGAGAAUCAGCAGCCCCGACCCGCCUCGAUCCAGCUGCCUGCGGAGAUCAUCUGUUAGGGCGACCAGAGCCAUCUCGGUCCCAUGACCAGCGCGGAAGCCGGAUUGGAAUGGAUCAAGAGCCGAUGUUUCAUCCAGAAACCUACCAAGCUGUUCAGCAACCGCUCUCUCAAUCACCUUACCCAGGAAUGGAAGAUUCGAAACCGGGCGGUAACAUUGCAUUACUGUGGCAUAUCUGAUGGACUUCCAGUCAAAUUGGACUACUGAAAGAUGCUUUUGGUAUUCCUGGCUACCUCUCAGGCACUUCCAUAAACAUAUAUGACCAACAUGAGUAUUACCGUAUUUUUCGUCCUAUAGGGCGCACCGGCCCAUAGAACGCACCUCGUUUUUUGGGGGGGGGAAAUGAAUAAAAAAAAAUCAUUCCCCACCCCACCCCGCGGCUGCCGCCCCAAGCCUUGCGCACACCUGCCCGAAGCACGGGGCACCCUCCGGAGGGCUCCCCGUGCUUCGGGCGACAGGCUGCCGCCGCCCCAAGCCUCGCGCGCUUGGCGGGACCUCCUGCCGGGCGCGCAAGGCUUUCGGGCGACAGGCUGCCGCCCCGAGCCUCGCACACUCGGUGGGACCUCCUGCCGGGUGCGCAACGCUUGCGGACACUCGCCCGAAGCACGUGGAGCCCUCCGGAGGGCUCCCUGUGCUUCGGGCGACAGGCUGCCGCCCCAAGCCUCGCGCGCUCGGCGGGACCUCCUGCCGGGCACGCAAGGCUUGCAGACACUCGCCCGAAGUACGGGGAGCCCUCCAGAGGGUGCCCCAUGCUUCGGGCUACAGGCUGCCGCCCCAAGCCUCACGCGCUCGGCGGGACCUCCUGCCGGGCGCACAAGGCUUGCAGUCACUCGCCGGGGCUGCAGGCUGCUGCCCGCAAGCCUUGUGAGCCCGCGGGAACUCCCGCUGGGCUUGCAAGGCUUGCGGAUAGCUUCCUGAAGCCUGGCGAGCGAGAGGGGUCGGUGCGCACCGAUGCCUCUCGCUCUCCAGGCUUCAGCGAAAGCCUGCAUUCGCCCCAUAGGACGCACACACAUUUCCCCUUCAUUUUUGGAGGGGAAAAAGUGCGUCCUAUGGGGCGAAAAAUACGGUAAUUAGAUCCUACAGAGAAGGAUUAAAAGGUCCUCUUUUACAGUAACCUUAUUUCUGUUUAAUAGCAAAAGGAUUAAAACAUCUAUAUCCUAACAUCGCAAAUAUGAUUAACAUCCCUGAAUAAGAGAGGCAGAGAGCUGCCUCAGUAUAUGGGUCAUACAUUUGGCACUCAAUUUGUUAUGUUAGUGGGCUUCCUCUAGCAUGGUAUUGUCAACCUUGAAUGUCAGUGCAGUUUGCCCAGCAUCUCACUCACACUCUUUGAGGUUUGCUUGUUGCUACCCGAUAGCUUUAAAAGCAAUAACUGCAUGGACUGCUCCUGAGACCUACCGCUGACCUGAAGCAUCCCUUCAUCCACCUUUCAUUGUCCACAGAAGAGCCAAUGUAAAACACUACUUCCUGUGUGUUGUUCAAAGGAGAUAAACUUUCCUAUUUUGUUAAUAUUUGAAUAAUGUUUUGUGUUGGUAAAAUAAUUGUGCUGUAGGAAAUGGUAUGAGUCUGGAUUCCCUUGUGACUAUGCAGUUUUUAUGUUGUAGCAUGCAUUAUUUACUCGGUUACUAAUUAAGGGCUGGGAAAGGCCUGGGGUGCACUGGAAAUGGCUCACAUCUGCUGGCAGGGGGAUAGCUAGACAACAGGCUGCAUUUUGAUGGGAUGAAGAUGAUGGAAAACAGGCAGCGACAUGCAAUGGUAGACAGGGCUUUCUGUGGGAAAGGAGCUUCAGCAAGGCUGCUUGUGGGCCAUUUCCUUUUCUUUCUAUGUGGCAGUUGAAGGAAGGGAAACUUUGAUUUUAAAAGAAAUUUGGGGAUUUCAGUGCAUAUACUUUUCUCUUCAGACGCCAUGCCUCUGUCAGCGAGAAGCAGACUAUCAAGUGAAAUUUCACUAAGAGAUGUAAUAGAAGCAAAGGCGUAGGAGGGUUGACAUCUUUAUCAAAACAGCAAUUGCUUUUAGAGUGAAAGCAUUUUAUUUGGAAAGUGUAGGGUGUAAAACCAUCAGGAUGUCCUUGCCCUGAUCAACAUACUCUGAAAGCUGUAACAGAUUAGCAAAUGUCCAAUCUGAUCUCACUGUUGCAGGGAUGGGAGAUGAAAUGUUGAAUGCUCUCCCACAUUAAAAAACACACAAAAGCAUCUCAUUUUACAUACACAGCUAGUAAAAUUAGUUUGAUCCCCUAUCUGCAGUCUGAAAUGAAAGAACCCAGCAAGACCCAUGUCUGGUGAGGCUUCAGUCCUAAACAAUUUAGCCCUUCAAAUAUUUGGGGCCUGUUUCCAUCCCUGCUGACCUUCUUAGGGGUUCUCGUGGCAGUUCCACCUUCCUCAGAAGUGUAGGGAAUGGCAUCUCAGGAGGGAGCUUUCUCUGUGGCAGUCCCUAAACUGUGGAACUCCCUCCCACAGGAGUGUGAACAGCCCCUUCAUUGUACAGCUUUUGCCCUACGCUGAAGACACAUCUCUUUACCCUGGUCUUUGACAGUUAAGACAUUUCGUUUUGUUGAAUGUAUAUUGUUCUGUUCCAUUUAGAAUGGUCUUGCUUGUUUUAUAGCGGCAACAGUUUUAUCUGUGUUUAUAGUUGUAUAAUAUAUUGUUGUGGCCUGCCAUGGGUGAAGGUUAGGGUGGAUGAGAAAUACUAUAAAUAAAUAAAAUAAAAUAACCAGUGCUUUUUUUUCUAGGGGUAUGCAGGGGUACGCAUACACCUAAACAUUUUGUGAAUCUAAGUUUGGCCUCAUUGAGGGGAAGUAUUUCAAUAUGAGUAGGAAAAUGAGAGUACCCCUGAACAUAUUUUUUUAAGAAAAAAAGCACUGAAAAUAACUAAUCUGGUUUCAGCACCAACUCAAACUCUUCAAGUUUUCAUGUGUCAAGAUUUUUGUAAUGCAGUACUUACCUUUGACAGUUGCAUUCUUUUUUGCCUAAUAGGGACUUCUUUCAUUUGACCUGAAAGUUUUGAGUGGGCAUUGUUGGAGCAGUCGCUUCCUGUUUUUUAAAAUAUAGAUAUACAAUAUUGCCAAGGAAACGCUAACUAUGUUUGCAGCACGCUUUAAUAACAAGUCUAAUGUAACUAUUAUUUGACCUCUUGUUGCUCAGGUUGAAGCAGCUGCUUCCAUACUGUUAACUUCCUUUUGCUUUUUCAAGUUUAAAAAUAGCGCUGCUGUUCAGCUAAUUGAUUAGAAACAAAUUUCCAUUAUGUCUUUUUUAGUGUUUAGAACUCUUUAAUGGAACAGUAGCAGGAAAUCAUUUUCUCACCAACACACUUACACAGUCUUAGCAUUUUUUAUAGCUGGGAGAAGACUCUGUUAGCCUUUCAGAAAGAAGACAAUAUUUUAAAAUUGAAGCUGUGCGUGCCUGACUUUUCCUUUCCUCUUUCAAAACUUUAGGUCCAUAUCCUACUUACUCUUGGGUGUGGUAGUGUAUAGACAGUUUCAAACCAGUUUGCUCAGCAUAUUUAUUACUGCAGUGAGUGUAUUUCCUUGUGCAUAUCCUUAUGCAUUUAUAUCUUUUUCUGUCCUCUCUGAAAACAGAAGAUGAGUCUAGUAUGAAUCAUGCAUUGAGCAUACAGUCAGUAUCGUACUACAACAGCUAGUGCUGGACAGUGUAUAAGUUUGUAGUAAAAAGCAAGUUUCUAGUCCUCAUGGUUGUAGAAUGAUUCUACGAUUCUAUGAAAUAAGCUUGAAAAAGUGUUGGUUAUUCUGAGUCUAUUAAGUCUUCUAGUGCUUAGGAUUUUUUUGCUCUGCAUAGCUUCCUGUCCUUUUCCAUGGAGCCAUGACAGUGCGCCUACCCUCAUUUACUUUCCAUAAUUAAAUUUGAUUUAUUAGUACGAACAAUUGAGAAUGUUGUGUUUCAAUUUAUAUAAUUGUAAAUUAUAUUUUGUUCAGUGACUAACUUUUAGUACCCGGAUUGCUGAUUUUCAUAAAUUGUGGCCAUUUAUUUUUAGGACUGGAAUGUGCACAUAUAUGCAUAUACAAACAGAUGAUAGAAGAAAUGCUUUUCUCUGAAUAAUAGAUUUGAUGGCAUCUGGGGAUAUGCACUUAACUGUACUGUUUUUCACAGAGAAAACUAAAGUUAGUGGGUUCUAUCUUAUAUUUUUAAGACAGAAUUACUUCCUUUUUUCUUGGCAGGUGAUUACUUUUCAAAGUUGAGGUAAAUGCAUUUGACAGGGAGGCCACAAAUAGAAUGAAUAAGUUCAAAAACAUUUCAGACAGUUGUUGAAGUUUUAUAGAAAGGUGAUGUGAGGGGGAGAAUUUUGUUCCCUGUUGAAACUAUUGUAUUGCAUGACAUAUGCAAUCUAAGAACAGAUGCUAUCCCAUCUAUGUGCUUUCCCUUUCCUUUUCCCACUUUGUUAAUUCUUUUUUAAUUGAACAUUUAUACAUUUAAAAACAUUUAUACUAGUAUUCAUUUUUAAUAGAGUUCUGCCCUUUCAAUUAUAGAGCAGAAUUCUUACAUUAAUAUAUAUGUUGACUGCAAGGGUUUUAGGUGCCCUUCAGAAUGGUAUUCUAACUAGGUGGUGUCCUACAUAUUUCCUGCAAAGUCUUAAACAUUGACUGCAGGUCUAAGGUGUCUUAUAAAGGAAAAAAGGAAAUAACUUUUGUCUACUUCUUGUCUCUAGUGACUAUAUAUUUUCCAAUUUUAGACUGCAAUGCUAACCGCACUUAUCUGGGAGUAAACCUCAUUGAAUUCAAUAUAACUUUCUUCUUAGUAGAUUUUAACACUGUUAAGAUUGUGCUGUUCGUCUCUCGAAAGAGGUUUCAAGUUGAGCACUACCAACUUCCCAUCAGUUCUGGGAAACUUAGACUUUACCCCAAGCAGCUCAGCUGUUUUUCUUUCUCUUUCUAAUUCUCUGUCGUAUUGCUACAUUAUUUCCCACCCUUCUGUAGAAAACCAAAGCUGUAUAGAUGUUUAGCACAGAAGCUAAACAUCAAGUUUGGGGCCUUCUGAGAACCCUUUGCGUAGGACUGAAUUACUAGCAGAAAACUAAUUUCUUUGUAGAAUAUUAUGAUAAAGGAUGCAAGUUUCAUAUUCUUUGCUUAUUGUUGUAGAAAACACUGACUGGGCUAGAUGAUCUGCGUCAAGUGAAAGCUCUAGAGAUGCAUGUAGACACAAGAGAGAACAGCCUUGGAAACUUUGGUGAGAAAACGUUUUAUUCUGGCUCAGACCCUCUUAGCCGUUUAUUAGAACCCAUUGUGCUGCAGCUGUGAAAAGGUAAAUUCCAUGCUCAGGACUAUUAGGAAAGGAACUAAAAAUAUAACUGCCACAUCAUAAUGCCAUUAUACAAAUCUAUGGUGUAACCACAUUUGGAAAGCUGUGCAAAGUUCUGGCUGCACCAUCUCAAAAAAGGUAUUGUAGAGCUGGGAAAAGUUCAGAAAAGUCAACCCACAUGAUCAAGGGGAUGGAGCAACUGCCCUAUGAGAAGAGGGUAUGACACAUGGAGCUUUUCAGUUUAGAGUUAAAUGGAGUCAUAAAAUCAUUCAUGGUGUGGAGAAAGUCGAUAGAGAAAUCUUUUCUCUCUCUCAUAAUGCUAGAACUGGUGGACAUCCCACAAAGCUGAAUGGUGUAAGAUUCAGAGGAAACGAAAGCAAGUACUUCUUCCCACACCACAUAAUUAAAUGCUGGCAUUCUUUCCCACAAGAAGGAGUGAUGGCCACCAAGUGGUUAGCUUUAAAAGACGAUUAGACCAAUUCUUGGAAGGAAAGGCUAUCAAUGACAGUCUGCUGCUGAAUGUCCAUUGCUGGGAAUCACUAGUGAGGAGCGUACGGUUGCACCUAGGUUCCGCUUCUGGGUUUCCCACAGCCAUCUGGUUGGUCACUGUUGAGAAUGUGAUGCUGGACUAGAUGAGCCAUUGGCCUGAUCCAGCAGGCUGUUCUUAUGUCAGUUGGAGCUAAAGAAAAUCUCUUUAAUAUUAAAGAGGUAGAAAAGUUCCAAGUGGAGCCGCUUUCUUUCUGGGGUUUUUCUUGAGGGAGGUGGCAUUUAUAAAGCUUUCAUUUCUAAAUACUGACAGGAUUUACAUUCAAAGCAAGCUGAAUGAGCUCUUAUUUGAAAAUACUGGUUGGUAAACUCAUCCCUUAUGCUACCAGGUUUCUUUAUGGAAGAGCCACAAAUCAAGUUACCCGUGGCACACCCUUAUUUAUUUGAUUUUUGCCUCCUGGCAGGCACACUAAGUUGAUUGUCUGUCUGAGGCUGCCUUCUUCUCUGGGUGAAGAAACAGUUUAAUGAAAUAAAAUGAACUUGAAGAUUUCUGACAAAAAGAAAAUAGUCUUCGUUAAAUAUGCAUACGUAGGGGAAAGCAUUUGGCAUGCAUCUGUUUCAUGAAGCCUAUUACUUACAGAACUGAUUUAUCCUGUAAUAAUUUGCUUUGUAAUCCUGAUUAUGACCUAGAAAUGGGCUCAUAUAAACUAUGCAUAACAAUAAACUACAUUAGCAGCAGUAAGAAAAUGCUUGUGCUACAAAAACUUUAAGACUUAUUGAAUGAUUCAGAAACUGGACAAUUAAUUUGAAUCUUAUUUUCUACCUAACCACAUUGUAAGAUCAAAAUGGAGACUCCCCACCCCACUUGCAUAUGGGUGGAACAGAAAAGAAUACAGAACACAUGUACACCCAAUAACAUUUCACGCUUAUUGCUUAUCUUUGUUUUUGCAAGUGCUGGAGGGUGUUAAUUAAUUGAAAGAUUUUUAAUAGAUCAAAUGGUUUGACCAGAUGUUGUGGCCCUAAUAAUUUGUAACAUACAGAAUAAGAAAAAUCUUGUUUGAAAGUGUUAAUGGUCACAACUAUGAAUUAUUUCUAGAUAAUACAGUGGGUAGUAUUUAAUUAAGUUUUACUCAGAGUAGGCCCACUGAAAUUAAUGAAGCUUAGUCAUGUUCAUUAAGUCAGUGAGUCUGCUCUGAGUAAAACUUAGCUGAAUACCCAGUGCUUAAAAAACAAACAAACAAAAAACUAAGGUUGUGUGGAUAAAUCUGAAGAGAGGGGGAGAUGGAUAAGUCAGGAAACAUUGGCUGGAUACAAGCAGCAGUCCUUGAGAGAGUGUUGAAAAGGCUUUGCUUCCUGUAAUAUAUACACAUACAAAUUACAACAUUCUGCAGAACCUGUUUGACCAGCGGUGAAAAUGGGAAGAGUGUGCACACCACAAGCAACAAUCCUUCUUUCAAAUCUUCUUUAAAUCUGAGAGGUGAGGGAAAUAGUUCCCAGCAGAAACAGAUGUAGGACACAGGGAGAGGUUCUCAAAGGUAACUUUUAAUAUGUCAAGUUACUAGUGAUGUAAAAUAUAAUCUGACAGUAUGUGGUCACUUCCAGGCAAGCCUUCUUUUAGUAUGGAUUCUUCAUAUGGCAUUAGUCAGAGAAGAUAUGUUGCACCACAAGAAUCAAUCAGAAAUUAUGGUGAACAAAUAUAUAAGCUGUACCAUUAAAACAACUGCAGUUAUGACAUUAUAUGUCUAAGAGGAUCACACACAGACUGCUUUUACCAAACUGCAAAUUGUUCCUUUUCUUCCCUGUUCUUAUAGGUGCUUAUCUGCCUAAUCUAAAACAACUGAAACUGAAUAGCAGCAUGCUUAUGUCAGUGAGGUAAGGAGCUAUAGUACAUAAAGUAAAGUCCAGAGUACGCUUUCACUCUCUGUCCCCACCCCAUAGCAGCACCUCUCAAUAAUCCAGAGUGAGCUAGUUCUGAAUCUUCUAUAUACAGGGAAAAUCUUACUGUUGUUCUAUGCAGUAAUAGGGAACUUGUGGCCCUCCAUAUGUUAUUUGACUACAACUCCACUGGCCAAGUUAUUUUCAUAGUGUUUAAGUGUGUUUUGCACUGCUUUGGAAAUGAAAAAUGAGAGGUUUCUACUUUUAUUAUUCUUUUACUGGAUGAAGUGCAAUGCUUUUGCAAUCUUAAGAAAUUUCUGCAUCUCAAAAAAUCACAUGGAAAGAGCAAAUAUAUCUCGAUACCUUUUAGAAAGACAUAAGCACUACUGAUGAUCUGUAAAUAACAGAACCACACGUGGUUUUCCAAGUGACAGUAAGUCGUUCCACACAAUAUUGUUAUACAGUAUGUGGUGGCGAAUUGCAAAAGCACUGCUAUGACCAUAUAACACAGCAAGCAGACCUUAUGGCUGAGUUUGGCAACAAGAUAGUAGGCACAAUUAUACCAAGGGAGAAGGCCUGAAAACCUUCCUGUCAUAGAAUAAUUGUGAGAAACACCAAAUUUCCUUCUCCAGCCUGCAGGAGGCAGUGUUUGUGUGAAACCAUAUUUGGAACUCAUUACAAAACCUUUUUGAACCUGUUACACUCUUUGCCCUCUCCUUUUUAAUGUCAAGACCAAAGUGACCUUAUUUCUCCUAUCUCAAGGGUGAGAGCCCACACUUUCCCCAUUGCAAUUGCAGCAAAGUCUCUCAAUAUUUGUGUGUUUAUUUCUCAAAUAUCUAGAGGUUGGCCUACUUAUUUUUGCACGGUCAGUAGGGAGACUUUGUACACAGAAUGUGAUGAAAAGGUAUUGCUUUAGGUCCUUGUUAAUUUCCUACUUUACACUUAUUUUAUGAGGCUUUUACUCUAUUGCUUCCAUUCAUCUCUCUCCAGCCAAGUAAUAUCAGAUUUAUGAAGUAAUAAUUGAGGGAGAAACAUGGAACACUUUCUGAAGAGAGCAAGUUAAAAAACUAUCUUUUACUCUUGCAUGAUGACAUAUGUUACUUAUCUCCCUAAUGAUUCUGGCAAAAAGGACUAUAUUUCAAAGCUAAUGGGGUAUUCGUUCUAGUCUGGCUAACAGCCACCGUUUUUAAUCUAAUUGCUUCUGCUUUCUAAUUUCAGGGAUGAGUAAAAGGAUAUAUGUAAAAUCCUAGAUAAAUACUUUCUUAAAACGUAGGCUGUUCUAUUAGAUGCAGCAUCCGUAGCUGUGCUUUCGGCAUAUGCAGUAAUCCUCAACUAUUAAGUGACCUGUCAUUUUCAGAGUACUAUAUCACAAAACCAUCUAUUUGUUUUGAGUCACCUUUGCACUGCUUUAUCAGUUAAUGUACAGUGGCUGCCAUUUGCCUGGAGGGCUAAGGUAGGAAUGCCAAUAAACAUACAGUACAGAGGUGGAAUCCAACAUUGUAGUAGAUGGAUCGUUCUGACAAUGCAACCAUCUCUCCUUGCCAGACAGAAUGAUCUCUCCUCUCCCCACACACUGUUCUGAGGGUUCGCCUGACCUUCCUGAGCAAAUUUGGGGAGUGAAGGGAGUUUUGUUGUCCCACCAGGACUCUACCAGGGAACAUGGUAGAGGUGUAUAUGAUUAUGCGUUGUAUGGAGAAAGUGGAUGGAGAUAAGUUUUUCUCAUAAUACUAGAACCCAGGACCAUCCAGUAAAGCUGAAUGUUGGAAGAUUGAGGGCAGACCCCCCCAAAAGUAAUUUGUCACAAGGCACAUAAUUCAACUGUGAAUUCUGCUCUCAAAGACAUAGUGAUGGCCACCACCUUGGAUGGCUUUAUUAUCUAUCAGAUUUCAAAAUUAUUUGACCUGUCUCUUUAUGUAGAGCCCAGAGGUUGAAAACUAUGUGAGGAGCCCACCCUUGCUGCAACAUCUUGGUCCCAGAAUCAGGCUGCAGUCCUAUAUCCACAAACAUGGGAGUAAUUCCCAUUGAAUCCAGUGGAUUUUACUUUUGAGUAAUGUAAAGAAUUGUGCUGCUGGGACCUUUAGCAGGCAGAUGGUUGGUUUUCAUCAAACCUGGUAGUAAGGAUUGUUCUCCUCUUUAUGAAAAAUCCCAGAACUUCAUCAUUUUCCUUUCCAUACAAUGCAGGUGUGGGGAACAUUUGGCCUUCCAGACAUUGCUGAACUACAACUCCCAUCAGUCCCUGCAAGCAUUACCAAUGGCCAGGGAAGAUGGAAGCUGUAGUUCAACAGCAUCUGGAGGUCCAAAGGUUCUCCACACCUGAUUUAAUGUUAUGGAUACUCGAUAUUAUAUUUUCCUCCUUCUUGCCCUCAUUUUUGGUUGCAAUAUUUAGAAAUAUGGCUGUUUGCAGCAAACCAGAGAUCUAAUCUCAGUUUGCAAGCCUCCAGAUUUCUAUUCAGGAACCCAAUAUCACAAAUGAUGUUGUCUGUCUGAAAACAGAUACGUACAUAUCUAACCAAUUUGAAAUACACCUGCAACACGUUGCUCCCAGCGGUUAUGUAGGUUCUAAGUGAUUUAGUCAGAAAUGAGAGAGGAACAAUUAUCAUCAACCGUUGAGAAAACGCAAAGAAUUGAAUGUUGGGAGAUAAUAGUGUAAUUAGGCAGCUGGCAGGAGAGUUGCCCAUCCUUAUCAGUCUCCAUGGCAACAGUGGUCCAAAGAGUCAUCAGUUACAGCGAGGAGUAGAACAUAAUCUUCAGCAAGAAAGAUGAGAUCUAUAAAGAGUUAGUUUGUCACUCUUGUCUGUCACUUAUCUGCUUUCUAAGACAAUUACCCUCCAAUAUCAGACUAAGAGAAAAGUGGCUUAAGGACAGUAAAUUAAUCUGCAUUGCUCAUUAUCUCAUUGGCAAAUAUACAAUGAAUUCAGAGCUUGAAACUUGAAACUUGCAGUUUAUACAAUGUAUUUUCAUAAGUUGGUCACAGUCUACAAAUUAUUAUUUUAUUUUGUUUAUUUUCUAGGGAAAUGAUAUAUUAUUCUUUUUUUAGAAAUAUUGCCAAAAGGAUAAGUUUCAAUUUAAGGCAAAGAUACUUUUGAGACACAGGUAUAGAUUAACAUUAUAAAAUGUAUUCUUUAAUGCUAAAAGGCCCAUAUAUGCAGCAAGCUUACCAAAAAAAAAUCUUUCAUGCAUCUCAAGAACACACUACAACAGGAGUCAAGGUAAUGGUCAUUAAUAUGUGAGUCAGGAGGGAGGUCUAAACAACUUAUUAGGCAUAGGAAUAUUAAUAAUUAUUAAACAAUAUGAUCAAAAGUGCCUACUUGUACAGAGGCUGCAAACUAGAAAUACUAAGUUGUACUGAAGGAGUUCCCAUGGAACAUGUUUAGAUAUGGGCUAUCUUUUCACAUUGGAAGUACGGUACCUGCUAGCAUGUACCACCCUGUGUUUUUUAGAUUUUGCAGAAUCAGUCUUUUAUUUUAGUGCUGUACAAGUUUAUCUUCCCUUCUCUUUAUUCAUGUUUUUAAAGGGUAAUAAAUGUAAACAUAGCUCUUGUAAUUAUCUUGCAUUGUAAACUAUACUGGCAUGGACUCAAGAGAAGUGCUGGCAGAAAGGAGUUGGCAAAAAGUGACUUUUCCACCUCCUGGCACCACAGACUUGCCAGUUGUUUCUCCUUGCCUUCUAAUUUCUUUAUUCCACACCCUCCAUUUGAGCAGAAACUGGGAAUGUGCAGAAACUGCCCAGCAGAGGGUCAUGGAGGCCAUUGUUUACAUCCCUUAGUGUAGUUUGGAAGCUGUACCAAGUGAAUUUUAUUAUUAUUAUUACAAAAGGAAAUCAAAUAAGUUAGCCAUAAAAAUGGAGUGAUACCAGCUAUUUCUUCUCCAUUUAUUAUUGCAAACCUUCAAUUCCCAAUAUAAGAAAUUAUGUAUGUAUAUGUAGUCAAAGUUGAUAAACAGAAGAACACAAAAUAUAUAUUGCUAGUGGAAAAGAAGUCUACUAGAAAAAUAGGAAAAAUUGAAGCAUGGAUCUGUACAAAUUAAAUGGAGUUUUCUGCUGUGGUAGUGCUUGUGCAGAUUUAUACUUUUGCGCUCAUCAGUGUUAAAACAAAACAGAAAAUUAGUACUAGUUACAGGUAGGUAGCCGUGUUGGUCUGCUGUAGUCGAAACAAAAUAAAAUAGAUAAAAUAAAAACAUAAAAAAUUCCUUCCAGUAGCACCUUAGAGACCAACUAAGUUAGUUAUUGGUAUAGUCUCUAAGGUGCUACUGGAAAGAUUUUUUUUAUUAUUUUAUUUUAUUUAGAAAAUUAGUAGACAUUUGAGGAGCCAUAGGAGAUAAGUGCCAGAGGUGCAAGAAAUGAAAAGUUAAAAGGGGAAGUAGAGGGUGUGGGAAGGUGGUUAGUAGAACCAAGAACUGACCCAGCUAUAUAAAACCAAUGCAAUCUGCCUGCUCCCUGGAGUGGAGUGGUUUUGUUUUGGAUGUUUCACCACUUAUUGAAGUAUCUCUAGAUUGAGGUACCGUAUUUUUCGCCCUAUAGGGCGCACCGGCCCAUAGGGCGCACCUAGGUUUUUUUUGGGGGGGGGAAUAAAGAAAAAAAACUAUUUUCCCCUCCAGGCGCGGGGCUGGGGUGGGGGAAGCCGGGCUCCCAAGGCUUGCAAAUAUCUGCCCGAAGCCCGGGGUCCGCUCCGCUGCACUCCCCGGGUUUCGGGCUGCAGGCUGCUGUCCACAAGCCUUGGGAGCCCGGCGGGAACUCCCGCCGGGCUCCCAAGGCUUGCGGAUAGCUUCCUGAAGCCUGCAUUUGCACAUUUCCCCUUCAUUUUUGGAGGGGAAAAAGUGCGUCCUAUAGGGCGGAAAAUACGGUAGUUCAGAUUCACAUGGGGAAAUAAGCAUAGUUGCAGCUGAUUGAAGGUAAUGUCAUGUGGAUGACUCUUGAUUUAAUGAGAGAAGACAGGCAGAUUCCAAUCCAUGCUAAAGCCAAAUGUGGACAAGCCCUGAAUUUGCACAAGUGCUCCCAUAGAGAUCCUGAGAAAGCACCAGAACAUUCACAUCAAAUGGAGACCUCUUGCACCCCAUGCUGCUGCAGAGACCUACUCUCUGAUCUCAUCCUGCUCACUGCUCCGUUUAGGAGGGCCAAGCUGCUGGGUUCUUGGAGGGGUAGAAGACAUCAGCUUAAAGGUGCUUGAGGCAACAUGCCAAGGGAGGGAGGGUUAUACUGGAAUCCUAUGAGGAGCCCCUAUACACUCUUCUCCACUACAUGGCAAAAGCAGAAUUGCAACCACAAAGUUUAAUCUGUGUUUGAAAAAGACACAUUUCUGAGACCUUCAAGUUAGCUCAGUUGGUUAGAGUGUGGUGCUGAUAACUCCAAGGUUGCAGGUUUGAUUCCCAUAUGGGACAGCUGUAUAUUCCUGCAUUGCUGGGAUUGGACUAGAUGAUCUCAGGGUCGCUUCCAACUCUACAACUCUAUGAUUCCUAUUAGUUUCAGGGGGUUGCUGAUGUGAAGUGCUUUGAGGCUAGGCUACCACUUCUUAUUUUCUUUCAGGAUCUUUCACAUGACAUCUGGAAUUACUUUAGGUUUAAACUGGUGAAGCCAAAGGGAGCCUUCUUCUGGUAUCUAUCCAAUAAGUUUUUGGCUCAAAUGAACCUAUUCCCAAUAGUUUUGAAUAAAGUAUUUAUUGAGUAAAUUGUGGUUCUCUCAAAAUGCCACUUUGUGCCAAACCACACUGGCUUUCUCUCUUGUUUUCACGAAGUGUCCUCAACUCAAAGAAUUGGAUGUCAUGAAUGUGUACUAUGGAAGGAUGUGUGUAAAAAAGGAUUUUGCAAUGCAUAAUGAAAUGUUGAGUUCUGGAAAAUCAUUAGUGAUCAAUUUUACUUUACUAAUCCUUUUAUACAACAAUCCUAGCUACACUUACCAGGGAGAAAGCUCAAGUGAACACAGUGGAAAUGAUUUCUGAGUAAACAUGCAUAGAAUUCUGUUGUUAGUCACUUUUAUGCUUCUAUGACUUCAUCUCCAAAGACUCCUUCAUUGCUUGGAGAAAACACUCAGUUUAAAGCUUUUGGGUUCAGUUUCAAAUACUACAGUGCAAAAUUAUCCAAGCCAACCUCUCAGGUAUGAAUUAAUUCAAGUUACGUUUGGAUUGUUGAACACCCAACUCAGUGGGCAGUUACUUUGGGAUCGCAGACACUUUCCUUUUAAUCAAUUAAUGUAUAUGUGACCUUAUUAUAGCAUUUAUCUCUGGCACUUAGUUUGAAAAUUAAUAGGGCAGAAUAUUGUUUCGACACAUGGGGAAUCAGAGCAGAACUGAAAAAGGAUAUACCAGGGGAAGCCAAAUCAGUGCAUCCAGAUGUUCCAUUCCAGCUACCACCAGCCCCAGUCAGCAUGGUCAGUGAUUAGGAAGGAAUGGAGCUGUUGUCAUCUGGAGAGCACCACAUUGGGUAUCCCAGGCUUAUAUGCUGUAUUUCUCUUUGGGUGCACAUAUGUGGUUUUGCAUGUGUGUGAUGGGUAUAUGUAUGAAUUCAUAUCUCUGAAAAAAUCGGGGGGGUGGUGGUGAUGGGUCUGCCUAUUCCAGCCUCAUUGCCUGGGGCCCAGUGACACCAAUACAUGUUCCAAUCCAAGCAGAGCUUCUUUCCAGCUGAGUUACUCUAAUACAGGGGUUGUCAACCUGAUCCCUACCGCCCACUAGUGGGCGUUUCAGGAUUCUAGGUGGGCGGUAGAGGGUUCUACGGCACAAGUUGAAUCCUCCUUCCAUUGAGCACUGGUGGGCGGUAAGGAAAGAUGCACUGGUGGGCGGUAGGUAUAAAAAGGUUGACUACUCCUGCUCUAAUAUCUUCUCUCUCCAGCUGCCAAAGAAGAAACAAUGUAAGUGUAUGCUGUCACCAGCUUCUGAACCUGAGCAGGAUAAACCGCAACAUCAGAAAUCCCUGCGACAGAAGCUGAAAUGUGCUUUCUGUAAAUCUCCUGUUAUUUAUUUAUCCAACUAGAUUUAUAUACCACUUAAUUAACAAAAAAUCUGUCUUUGAAAACAGCUAUACAUAAAAUUGAUAAAAAUAUAGAUAAAUUUAGCAAUUUAAAAAUAUACGUAAUAAAAUUACAUGUUACAUUACUCAUAUGAGCUCCUGAAUAUAAGAGUGCUACUGUGAAACAUAAUGGAUGAAUUUGACCCUCAAUCCAAAUCUCUAUUGCUUUGCCAAAGAUGAAAAAUACUAAAAUGAACUGAAUACAUAACCCUUGGAACUUACAGUGUCAACUUUCCUUAAGGGACCUUGGAACAGCGUUGUCUAAUCUUCAAGUCCUCUGGAUGGCUCGCUGUGGGCUUCCAGAUUUAGAUGGUAUCUCUUCCUGCUGCUCUUUGAAGGUAGGACAGAUUUGAAAUAUUUCUUCAGUUGCCCUGUUUACUUAAUGCUCAGCUUCUUUUUGUGAGGCAUUUAUGAGGCAGAGAACCUUAAGUUCCUGUUCAUUUUCUUUCUUUCUUAAACUGAUUCUGGAGCCUUUUAAAAAUCAAUUUUAGGUCUGAUAGAAAUCAGUGCCAUUCCUUGUACUUAAAAGGUACUUCCAUCAUAAUUUAUCAUGUAUUGUGCUUGGCAAUUCUGGGUCUUGAGGGGGUCUAAAGUUCAGUAUUGUGCCAUAUCUCAAACUGCAAGCCAUGGGUUCAUUGUCAUUACUUAAUGUGCAGUGGUUAAAACUUCAUGUUGAUAAGGUCCCUUUGGUUUCCUUUAGGAACUCUACAUAGCAUAUAACAAUAUUGCUGACUUAAGUCAACUUAGCCUGUUGGAGCACCUUGAGAUUCUCGACCUAGAAGGAAACAACGUGGAGGACCUCAGUCAGAUUCAGUAUCUGGGGCUCUGUGUUACUCUGUCUGCCCUUACAGUGGAAGGAAAUCUUAUCUGCUUGAAGCCAAGCCCACAAUCUCCAGAGGUAACUUUGCUUGCUUUUAGAUUUCGUUUAAAAACGUGCAUCUGUGUUUUAAUCUGAUUACGAGAAGAUACUGCUUAGCACAGCAUAGUUUACCAUCACCUCGUGCUCGGCCAGAGAGGGUUUUUACAAUCAAGCGGUCUAUAAAUUUUAUGAAAUAAAUAAAUAAAUAAAUGACAACUGCCUUAAGCACCCCCAAGCACUGGUUGAACACUGUGCAACCCAAAGCAUAUUUGAAGGGAGUUCUGCUGAAAUCAGUGGGAUGUGUUUAUAUGAAGAUGUUUCAGAAAAGAAAGAAAUAAUAAUGGCUGCCUGGUUUGUAUAUUAAGAAUGGCCACAGCUUUCUGAAACACCCUUGUUGGUGGCUGCAGUUCAGAACCUAUCCUCCAUGUCAGUAUUGUUCGUUUCUAGUACAGGAAUCCCUCUUGCAGGCCACUUUAGGAAUUCUCAAGAGAUUCAAAGCCAAUUUGUUGUGUAAUGGGGGUCUACUGUGUAAGUAAGAUCCUUGCGGCGUACACAGCAAUAAUGUGUUCCCCUGGUGCAUGGGCAGUCUUGUAUUGAUUGUGCUUGUGGCAGUUUAAGAUCAGCAGCCAAAAUCCUAGACACAUGCCUGCCACAACAGAGAGGGCUUUUUCAGCAGUAGGGAACAUGCUAACACCUGGAGUAUUGCACAUGUCCCAUCAACAAAGGCCUUUAGAGGAGCCCCAAAGACUUAUUUAUUCUCAGCCACAUUUGCUUAAAUAAGAUCUAUUGGCCUGCUGAGUUGAAUUGGUUUCAGCUAUAAUUAUUUAUUGGCGUUCAGUAUUGUACUGGACAGUUGGUGGUGGUGUUUUUUAAAAACAUAAAAUAAUAAUAAUAAUAGAAACCACUGCUGAAACAAAACUUUCCCCCUCCAUUUUAGCAGCGCUUUCUAUGAAAACCUCCUUGUGCUGUUGAAGCAAGGCACGCUCCCACCACUCAUAAUGGAUUGGGAGCAUGUCUUCCCCAUCAAAAAGCAACCAGGAGCUCUCUUUAUGCGCAUGGUUGUUCCUUUAUAGGCACAUGGCUACCUGUCCUACACCUUAUACCCCAUAUGAUGCCUGGUGAGGGGCAGGUGGGUGUGGUUUACAAGGAACAGCCUCGCAGUCCGAACUAGACCUGCAAGCUGGAGAUUCCCCUCCUUGCACUGUUGCAUCUAAGGCCAUGCUUCAUAUUUGCAUACCACCUUCAAAUGUAGAAAUAAUACAAAUAUAUCUUCUAGACUUCAUUCCAAACAAGGAUAGCUAAUAAUUCUGCCUGGCCCUUUCUAUGAAAAAUAAAAAUAAAAUUACAUAUACUGAUUCGGCUAAAUUUACAGCUCUCUCUACAGGCUGUCUGUUUGCUCAGUGUAAUUUGAUUUCCAGAUGAGCUCAUCUCUUCCAGACAUUAAAACCCAAAGCAACAAUCUGAUGAUGAAUGUGGUGGUCUCUAUCACAGCUGUUUCAAUAGCACUCUGUGUCCAUAUAUGUGUGUGUGUACAUGUAAUGUGAUGCACCCCUCAACCCGGAUAGCAUUACAGACUUGUAGACUGGAAAACCUAUAGCUUCCAUAUAAAGGGAAGCAAAUGCACUAUGUAAAAAGAUUAUUUUGUCUUCUGUACUAGGUAAUUACCCUAUUGUGGGAAAGAAUAUAGGCUGAAAGUUCAUCAGCCAGUCUUGACAUUAUACAGAUGGAGUAGCAGUUUGUAGUUCAUUGAAAGCGGGGAAAAUAUUCCAGGUGCAUAUAUUUACCACUUCUGCUACUUUGCUGCAGUUCUCUUGUAGCACUAUACAAAAUCUAGGGGUGAUGCACCCUCCCAGAAUCAUGCAAUCUAAAGGCUGCUCCAGAAGAUGCCGUUUUAAUGCAUGUGUCUAAAGCCAUCUGUUAGUAACCAGCAACUGUGGCCUGGGGGCUUAGUCCAGUCCCUAGGGGCUUCCCAUCUGGUCCUAGCAUAGUGCCUGAUCUCAAGGAUGCCUCAUAAUGCAGCUUGUCAUUUCUCUUACAUAAGAUGAGUCAUAAGCAAAGAACUCUGACCUCCUCCUCUCCAGCAUGUGCAGCAGAGGAGGCUUGGGGGAGUCCUCCUUUUAUGGACCCCAGCUGCUCCCUCUUUGCUUGGCCAUGGCUGAGUCACAGGAGGCAGUAGGUGAGGUGCAUAAAGGGGGGGGGGACACUAGAAAAGCCUCUCUGGCUGAUCACACUUUGCGUUGCCUUAAAUUUGCGUAGGAAUCGGUUAGUAGGAAGAAAGUAGAUGUAGCCCAGUAGUUGCUGACCAGGUUCUAGUUUCCCAUAUCUUAAACUGCAAAAGAAAAAGGUCAUAGUGGAGUGAGAGGAAGUUUCUGUAGUCUAGAUCUAGAGUGUGUGCAGUUCAGGUUUGCAGGAUCUACUUUGCUUUUUUACUAGAACCCCGAGAACCACAGCGAGCCAUUCACUUAAAAUUAAGGAACAAAGGUGCUUCUGAACAUGUGCUCAGCCCUGGAUUUUCCUCAGCACCAGAACUAACCAAAAUUAGUCCUGUCACACAGCAUCCCACUCCUAGUUUUUCUGUAAGGUUUCUUCUUUCAAGCAGACUAAUUUAAGUCCCAAUUUAAGGGACUAAUUAAGGCCCAUCUAGAUGUAAAGUGAUGGAGAAAAGGGAUUUUACACUCGUCUCCACACCACAGUUCUAGACUGAAUCAAGCUCUCUGCGCCUGCUAGCUUGGCCUAGAUAAACUAGGGAUGGUAAAAAAAAAAGAGGGGGGAGGGGAGGAAGUUAGAAACUCUUGCAAAUCUACUGUAAAUCAUCCAGGACUCUACCAAUAGAUUACAGUCUACAUUCUACCCAUCCCUGAACUAGAUGAGCUAGUGGACUUUGUUUCAUAGUGUCUUUAUGUGGUUCCUGCCCACUUCUCAGAUUUCCCUCCCCUCUCCCUUGUCAAAAUGUGUUUGAAUUGACUACACUGAGAAAUUUCUGCUUUGGGUUUUUUCCCCCCAGGUCCCAGACUACAACUACAGAGCUGAGGUGAAAAAACUCAUCCCUCAUUUAAAGUAUUUGGAUGAAAUACCAGCAGACCAAACUGAUCUUCCCUUCCCAUGCAAGAUGAACAAGGAGUGGCUACUUGUCAAGGAAUCCAUCAAAGAUGGAAGUCUAGUUGAAGAGGCAUCUUGUUCAGGCAGGUCAAAUUAUUUCCCAAGGAUCCAUUUUUGCUGGGGACAAGGUUUCAGGGGAAGAUAAUGUGUACAUACAUAGAUCUAUGCACACUCUCUUGUAUGCACCAGAGCCAGGCCUGGUUAUCAGGGAUAAGAAUGGGCAGUAGCUUUUGCAAGAGUGUAAGGGUAGAGUUAGAUGUGAUGGCAGUAGAAGUGUGUCUUCACAUAGAACACUUUAAACAGCUGUAAGACAGAGAGAGAUAGGUGUGGGUCCUCUUGUGUGGUAGGUGGGAAAGGAGCUUCAAAGCCCUCCACAUCUUGCUCCCUCCCCCCGGCUCUCAUACUAUUUUUCUUCUCAAGAUUUGCUAGGGGAAAGGUAGCUAGAGAUAGUGAAACAAGCAGCAGGCAGUGAAAGGGUUCAGAAGCCUCCCACCGGCUGCUUUGCCAUGUUUGAAAUUGUCCACCUCACCUCACCAGCAGCAGGCAGCAUUUGAAAACUUUGGUCUGUCACUGUUAACAUCAAGGUUCAGCUGAAUACUACCCUGAGGGAGAUAUAAUAAUAAUAAUAAUAAUAAUAAUAAUAAUAAUAAUAAUAAUUUUCUUUCUUUCUUUCUUUCUUUCUUUCUUUCUUUCUUUCUUUCUUUCUUUCCCGGCCACUUGGCUGGGCUUCCCCAGCCACUCUGGGCGGCUUCCAACAAAAUACUAAAAUACAGUAAUCCAUCAAACACUAAAAGCUUCCCUAAACAGGGCUGCCUUCAGAUAUCUUCUAAAAGUCUGGUAGUUGUUGUUCUCUUUGACAUCUGGUGGGAGGGUGUUCCACUUGGUCCAUUUAGUCCAGAACAGGAACAAUGAACUUAUACUGACUUCUUGAUGAAGUUUUGAUGCUUAUUGAUUAUACAGCUUGCAGUGAAAUUCAUUUCCCAGGAGUCGGACAUCCUGAAAAUUAUGGUUUAUUACUGUAUUUAUUUAAAAUACUAAUGCAUUUCCAAAAUAACUCAUUAAGGCUCCAAAGUACUUUGUCUUUUGUUCCAAUCAGAAGUUAAUGACCUAGUAUUGUGCUGUGUUCUUUGAUUAAACAGUUCCUGCUCUUUUCACGAGACCUUCUGGAAAUGAUAAGAAAUUUUAGCUUUGAAAAUACAAUAAUGGUGUACCAACACACACCACUGCUGAAAUUAUGACAUAGAUGACAACUUUGUUUGGAGCCAUCCUGAAAUAUAUAUAAAAAAAUCAGAGACCAGUUGAUGCAAAACCAGAACUGGUGGUAUAUGUUUUGCUAGACUCCCAUUCCAUAAUUUUUACCUAAAUGUGGAAACCCUAUAGCUGGAUCCAAAAACACUUCAACUGUUAUUUAAGUCAUUACCAUUUCAGAGUUGGUUCUGAAUACCUGCUCUCAUACUUGCAUUCUAAGCUUCUUUCUAUACCUUGCUGUCAGAUAUUUACAUCUCUACAGAACCAGGGUGGCUGGAAGAUGACACUCACAAUGAAGAAAGCUAGCACUCUCGAGGCUCCAACAGGAGAGCACACAAGCACCAACAUUACCUUAGAAUACGGAAAAGAAUUUCCUUUGCUCUGCUCAUUAUCACUGCUUUGCUAAACUGAACAUUUAUACCAUCUUAUUAUGUGUUGCAAUAUCUCACUGAACUCCCCCCCCAUCACCCUGUUUAGAUUCUUAUUUAGGACCUGUAGCAAGAAGGCCCGGCUCUGCUGUGAGACCUGCCAUAACUCAGCUCUUGUCAGCUUCUCGACCUCAGGUUCCACAAAGACCACUUAGCGCCCAUUUGCUCUCUGGUAGUAGCACCCUCCUGGAGGCUACCAUCUGUGAUGAGAUGUUGCCUGAAGAUGACGCCAGUGACUUGACACAUGGUAAGGGAAUACCUGGUGCCAUUCUUGCCUAACCUCCCUUUUGCAAACCUCUCUUCCAAAAGCAUGUGUGCAUGUGCACAGAUGAUUUAAAAGCAUUCUUGCUCUCCCAUAUAUUUCCUUGAAUGACAUGUAGGUGCAUUGGGCACAGACUUCUAUUUUUGUAUAGCUCUUUCAGCUAAUGGGAGCAUGGAAAUAAGCACAGUGGGUUAAAAGGCAUUGUUUGAUGGUUCAAACUUCAUUUCAUUUCAUUUAUAUUAUUGCUGCCCUUCAGUAGGAUGAUCCACUAUGUCAUAGUGAGUUUGUGCCCAGCUCUCUUGCCAUACAGAUAGACAAACUUCUGCCUUACAGUGACUAGAUGUAAAGAGACCACUUGACUAUUAUCUUGUCUUCAGCUGAGCAAGAGGGGAUUUGUCCAUUAUUACUAUCUCCACCUCAGCUCACCUUUGCAUGCUAUUCAGUGGUGUCGAAGCAGUAGCUGUGCACCAAUAGUUAAACCAAAAUGGGGAAGUCUACUACAGUGGUGCCUCGCAAGACGAAAUUAAUUCGUUCCGCAAGUUUUUUCUUCUUGCGAGUUUUUCGUCUUGCGAUGCACGGUUUCCCAUAGGAAUGCAUUGAAAAUCAAUUAAUGCGUUCCUAGGGAAACCGACUUCAGACCAGGUCCGGGGACAGUCUGUCCCCGACCUCUUCUGAAGGCUGGGGGGGACACGGGCUUUUCGUCCCACCCACCCCAGCAUUUUACCACACCCCGGGACCGCGGAGGGCUUCUCCGCUGUCCGGGGCGAUCUUAAAAUGCUGGCGGGCGGCAUUUAAAAUUGCCCCGGGACAGCGUUGGACUUCUCCGCUGUCCGGGGCAAUUCAAAGCCCCUGGGAAGGCAGGCAGGGGGACAAAGACUUUGCCCCCGCCAGCCUUCAGAAGAGGUCCUGGACCUCUUCUGAAGGUUGGCGGGGCGAAAGUCUUGUCCCCCCACCUGCCUUCAAAAGCUGUCCAGCCAAGGCUCGCGGACCUCUCCGCAAGCAGCGGCAGCACUGCCGCUGCUUGCGGAGAGUUGCCGGCAUGCCGAAGCCUGCGCGCGCUGAGAUCAGCGCGCCCAGGCUUCGCGGACCUCUCCGCGAGCAGCGGCAGCGCUGCCGCUGCUUGCGGAGAGUUGCCGGCAUGCCGAGGCCUGCGCGCGCUGAGAUCAGCGCGCCCAGGCUCCGCGGACCUCUCCGCGAGCAGCGGCAGCGCUGCCGCUGCUUGCGGAGAGUUGCCGGCAUGCCGAAGCCUGCGCGCGCUGAGAUCAGCGCGCCCAGGCUUCGCGGACCUCUCCGCGAGCAGCGGCAGCGCUGCCGCUGCUUGCGGAGAGUUGCCGGCAUGCCGAGCCUGCGCGCGCUGAGAUCAGCGCGCCCAGGCUCGCGGACCUCUCCGCGAGCAGCGGCAGCGCUGCCGCUGCUUGCGGAGAGUUGCCGGCAUGCCGAGCCUGCGCGCGCUGAGAUCAGCGCGCCCAGGCUUCGCGGACCUCUCCGCGAGCAGCGGCAGCGCUGCCGCUGCUUUCGGAGAGUUGCCGGCAUGCCGAAGCCUGCGCGCGCUGAGAUCAGCGCCCCCAGGCUUCGCGGACCACACCGCGAGCAGCGGCAGCGCUGCCGCUGCUGCGGAGAGUUGCCGGCAUGCCGAAGCCUGCGCGCGCUGAGAUCAGCGCGCCCAGGCUUCGCGGACCUCUCCGCGAGCAGCGGCAGCGCUGCCGCUGCUUGCGGAGAGUUGCCGGCAUGCCGAAGCCUGCGCGCGCUGAGAUCAGCGCGCCCAGGCGUCGCGGACCUCUCCUGCCUUCAAAAGCCGUCCGGGAUAGCGGGACGCGCUUCCCUGCUAUCCCGGACUGCUUUUAAAAUGCUGGCGGUGGGGAGCAAAGCCUUUCGGCCCCGCCAGCCUUCCUGGACCUCUUCUGAAGGCCGGAGGGGAGGCUUUGCUCCCCACCGCUAGCAUUUAAAAGAGGUCCCCGGAGAUUUCCUAUGGGCUUUCGUCUUGCGAAGCAAGCCCAUAGGGAAAUUCGUUUUGCGAAGCGCCUCCAAAACGGAAAACCCUUUCGUCUAGCGGGUUUUCCGUCUUGCGAGGCGUUCGUCUUGCGGGGCACCACUGUACUUCUUCUCCCUAAAUAUGAAAAGCAGUGAAUGAGCCAUCUGUAUUGUUGAAUAUGUUAAAGGGAAUGGGCAGAUAGCAUGCAUAACAGCCAGCCAUUGUUCUUUCUCUUGCAGUCCUCUUUUGCCUGCUUGUAACCCUUCUUCAGCUGGCUAAAUAUUCGCUCCCUUGCAAUUCCCAUGAUGCUUGAUCCUAUGCUGCUAUUAAGCUUUUCCCUUGGGGGACCAAUUUUCACCUGAAUCGUGGGAGAAUUUUCUCUCCCUGAACCCCCCCCCCCCCACUGCGCUUAUGCUGCUCAGCUGCCUGGGAAACCAGUGAGAAUGGUGAAAAGGGGGUUCAACUGAAGAAAAAAGUUGAUCUUUAUCUGUAGCUCUCCCCCUUCCUGCUGCUCUGCUGAUCAGUAGGAGAGUACAUUGCAGACCAUGUAAGAUUAUGCAGUGGGUCAGAAGCAAUCCAGGGAAUGCAGAUUGCCCACUUCUGGACAAGACAUAGGAAAAAAAUGCAUGUUUCUUAGAGAUUAUGCGUAUUGACCAAAGAAUGUGGUCAAGAAUAUAAAAAAAAUUCAGUCACAUUUCCCAAAGCCUAUUGGGAGAAUAUGUAUAUAUUUACCAGUGUUGAAGAAAUGAUUCUUCAACAUCAGCUUCAUUGGACUGGCCAUGUUGUUUGAGCAACUACUCUAUUCCAAACUUAAAAAUGGAAAGCGUAAUGUGGUGGUCAACAAAAGAAGUUUAAAGACUCUCUCAAGGCAAAUCUUUAAAAAUGUAAUAUAAACACCAACAAUUGGGAAACACUGGCCUGCGAGCGCUCCAGUUGGAGAACAGCCUUUACCAAAGGUGUCAUGGACUUUGAAGAUGCUUGAACUGAGGACGAAAGGGAGAAACGUGCUAAGAGGAAGGCAUGCUUGGCAAACCCUCACCAUGAUCAACUCCCGCCCGGAAACCUAUGUCCCCACUGUGGAGGGACGUGUGGAUCCAGAAUUGGCCUCCACAGUCACUUACGGACUCACUGUUAAUACCGUGUUCAUGGAAGACAAUCUUACUCGGCUACGAGUGAUUGCCAAAGAAGAAGAAGACCAGGAAUUGUGCACAUGUCCCUAUUCAUGGAAAGAUUAUGGACACAUUCUCCAUGACACUUGGUGAAUGUGCUUAAUGGCUGGUUGUUAUGCACAUUACCCAUACAACUUGCAUUCCCCUUAACAUACUGGUAUAUAAGCAAAUGGGAUGACAGUAUAGGAAGAUUUCUGUGGCUGUGAAAUGGUAAACUGGAACAAACCCUCUUACUUUUCUUUUUCCAGGUGUCAGCAGAGUUAUUUGUGGGAACCCCAUCAAAGCUCUUCAUGCACGGAGACAGAAACUAGGUGUAGGUUUUCUUUCAUAUGUAAUUUCUUUUUUCUUUUUCUUUUCGUUUUUCUUGGCAAGCCAGCAUGUCAUUAAUUCUAGGGAGAUAAAAGCUUAAGAGUUCUAUAGAAUUCCAUAGAUUUCUACUGUGAGGAAGACCAUUCUGAGAAGAAACAAACUCUGAAAAAAGUUAAUUGCAUGUCUGUACAGCUCAAGCUGCAAGGCGGUGUAGGGCCUUCCAUUGUGGGGUGGGAUGCCAGCACAUGAGAACAUAGAGAAGUGACAGACAUCUAUCUAAACUAUCACUAUCACUAUAAACUAUCACAGCAGUAGCCUGGUGGUGUAGCAUGCACUGGCCGCAAUAAGAGGAAUUCUUUACCUCAGAAAAUGGUUGCGAGAGGAAAAUUAACUUGUAAAAAACAAACAAACAAUCUGUGGUCCUGGAGAAAUGAGAAGUUUUCAGUCAAAUAUAUAGUGAACAGCAGAUGUAUUCUGACAUUAUUUCACCUAUGUUAUAGCCUACAGUAAUGAACCUGUUUCAGCCACCAAGUCAGCCAGCAGUAUAUCCCUUUGACAUUGAAGAAACUGAUUAUGUAAAUACGGAUGACAUCUACGCUGAGCUGAAACUCCUGAAAGAGCAUCACCUCCAGUAAGAGUUCAAAUUUAGUCUUAUUAAGGCAGUUUGUCAAGUGAGCUACUCUCCAGAUAGAGCAACCAGUGAGCACUGUACGGAAUGAACACUCAACUAUAAGCUGACUUGCUUCUGUCCAAGCCAUGACCUAGGCGCAGGAUACCUUAAGGAUCACCUCCUCCUAUGCAAGCCUGAGUGCUGCCUAAGAUCUGAUGGAGAGCCCCUUCUCUAUGUCUCUGUUGUAGCGGAGGUACUGUUGUUGGGGAUAAGAGAGAGGGAAUUCUAAGGGGUUGUACCUAAACAGUGGAAUACUUUGUCCCAUGAGGCUCAGUUGGCCCCUUCGCAUGGUAUUUUGCCUUGGCCAAAACUUUACUGUAUUUGAUUUUUAUCGACUUUUUUUUUACCAGCUUUUUCUGUUCUAUCUUUUGCACCUGUCUGUUUUUAAUUGUGUGGGUGUGUUUUUUUUAAUAGUAUUGGAUUUUAUAGCAGUAUUAAUUGUUACUAUCUACACUCAGUGAUGUAUAAGCACUAGAAGGGCAGAAUAUAAAUAUUUAAAUAUGUAUUUUGGAUUAAAAUUAUUAAAUAAACAUUGCAAAAUGCCAAAUGGAAUAAAGAAGUUGGUAAUAUCAACCCUUAGCUUCUUUUCAGAAAACCUGUCUUGCUCCAAGGUGCUCCAUGCUUCAUCUCUUAGACCAUUCUAAACACACACAAAUCUUAAGGCAUGUGAACUAUGGAAACUUUUGUGACCCAGCACAUUUACCCCAUUUUUAAGGAUCCUUGCUCACUAGAUUAUCCUAUUCUCUAAAUUAGCAUAUGAAAGUUUAGUUCUCUGCCUGUUUCUUCUCACUGAGAUAAGAUAAGCACUUAAGCCACCUUGUGGCAGUUCUGAGGAAUUGCCCUUCACGCUUAAAUUCUGAUGUAAUCUGUUCCCAGAACUGAUUUGUCACCUGUUAAGUCAAUAUGUUCUUCCCACGGAUGAGGUAGUCUCUUUUUACAGAUUGGAAAACAAAGGUUGUACUAACAGAGAUUCCCUGCAGACUAUGUUGUACAUCGGGAAUAGGGAACCUAUCGCCCUCCAAAUGUUGGGGUACAACUGCCAUCAGCCCCAGCCAGAAUGGCCAAUAGUUGGCACGAUGAGCAUUAUAGUGCAGCAAACAUCUAGAGGGCACCAAGUAACCAUUCCCUGCUGUACAUCUUUGGCUCACAUCGUUGCCAUCAGUCAACCUUGCUGCUCACCUUGGAAAAUUGUCGUGCCAGCAUGAUUGCUGUAUGUCUGGAAGGAAUGGUGUAGGCAAGGCUUUUCCUCCAUCUCAUCAAUCUUUCUUUCAGGGUUUUUGUCCUAUGUUUCAAAUUUAGCAUUAAAGUGCAAUGGGGAGUUCCUGUUUCUAUCUGUGUGAUGGGACACACACCUACACCCACACCCAUUUUUUAAAAAUUGUGUUAAUUUAUUCACAAAAAAUUUAAAUUGCUUUACAACUGCUGCUUCAAAAGCAGUUAACCAAACAAUGAAAUAAAGCCUCUUGAAACCAUCCUAUGAAAAUUCAUACCAAAGCUAAAAAUAAAAACACAUAAAAUGGGGCUAAUUUUCAAAAGCACAGAAUAGUCUCCAUCCAUUUCUGUAAUGCCAUGAGAGGGAGCCAAAUGAACAGCUCCCAGAAGCGAGUUCCAAAGCUUUCAGAAGAGUUUUGGUGGAAGCUUUCUCUUUGUGGCAUUUCUUCCAAAAAGAGACUUGCCAAAGCUCAAAUCUGAACAUCUAAAAGUGUUGCGAGAAUACAGUGCCAGGGUUAAAGCUUUUCUCCGAAGGAGUAUUGUAACAUGGAGUAUUUUACUCUUACUUAGAUAGGGUCAUUAUAUAUCUUAAAUCUAUAGAUUCUGGUGUAUAGUGCAUUAUGUUUUUUAAUGUGUUGGAACUUGUGGUUCGGAUAGGGCAGGAAGAAAAUCAAACUUACUAGCAUCAAAUUUCUGGCAGGCACCUACAAGCUCUCCAAAGGGCAAAUUCUCCCCAGGAGCUAAAAACAACACUAACAUUAAGUGAGGAGGAGGAACACUACAGCUUGAGUGACAGCUGUGAUGAAGAUUUGAAAGAAGCCACUCAGGAGGAGAUCAUGGAAAUCACAUCAUCAGAUUCUUCUUGCCAAUCCCGUCUUUCUCAGUCAUCAUCAGGUACAUUAUCCAAAUGAUAAAUGCACCCGUUGUUACUGACAAGUAACAGCAAUUAUAUGCCUGCCUUAGGUUUUGUAGUUCUAAAGUUCCUGUGAUAUGUAUGUAUCUUUGGCAAAUUUCCAUUUUCUCUGUCAAAAAUAUGUGCAUGGAGUUAUCUUUCCUAUCAUUUUCUUCUGAGAUACACACAUGGGGAUUUUUCUGGCUAACAAAAUAAGAUUGGCUUGAGUAAUUAUUUUAGCAAACUUCCUAUUUGAGAUACCUAUGCUUAAAAGAAUCACAAGACCCGAAGUAUGUGCUCAGAAGAGAAAUAAUGCUAACUUGAAUCAACAUUUUAUUUGCAUUCAGAUUACAAUAUUUUUGUCCCUGCCUUCCGAUUUCAGAAUAUGAAGGCAAGGAAGAAAGAGAGAGACAAAGCAGGUUGUGAUGGCAAGGUUCCAGAGACCAGAAGUUAUAGAGCAUGACAGGGAGGUGCAUGGGAAGAAGCAAUUCUGAUCAUUUAAACUACUGGAAGCCAUAGGAGAUCAAGAUUUCCUUUGAUUUCCCAUGAUUGAAUGCCUGCCUACUUUCCAACUUUCCACAGUAACUAUUGGGUUUUGUAACAAACACCAAGAUUCUUUAGAAGCUGUACCAAGUAGAACGUAUAGUGUGGAACAGUGAGCUUUUCCCAUUCAAUCUUUGUAACUUGAAUGAUGGGAGAGUUCAACUCAUACUGACGUUCUAUGUACACUGCAUAGGGAGUGAGUGCCAUUCAAUUUAGUGGGACUUAUUUCUGUGUAAACGUGCACUGAAUUAUACUAUCAGUCCUUUAAUAUUUUGAAACCUCUCAUAGCUAAAUAGAUGGAAAUUCAGGCCAUUCUAAUAAGAACAAGAGUUCCUGGUCUAAACCCACCUCAGUUCAUGAAAGCCUCUUAACUACAGUUGUUGUUGUUGGCAUCUGUCUUUUUCAGGAGACAAUGGAGGAGUGCACCUUUGGGGGUGAAGUCAAACUCAAACUGUUGGAAGGUUACAGCCACCUGUGUUUGCUGAUUUACGCUCUCAGGUGGAUGGGAGUGAAGUUACAUGCUCUGCUUUUAAAUUGCUGUGCUUUCCCUUUGCAUUUCAGAUUCAUUGCACAUCCAGGAAAAUUCAUUGCCCACCAUUAUAAAGCGCUCUAUUGUACCCUCUCCUCCAAAAAGUCCCUCGCCUGCAUUCAUACAGCGAGUGAGAACUGAGUUUGUUGGAGCUAGACGCCUGAAAGUGCACAGUUCAGAAAAGGCAGUUCUACCAAAGCCACAGCCUUCAUCAACUCAGAACAGUGAUACAGUGCAGAAUGUGUUUGAGAAGACUACUGUUCAGAGUCUCAGCAGAAAACCUGAUUUCUCCUUAUCUGAUACAUCUAUCUUAAGUCAGAGGCAUAGGACUUUUGGCCCCGACAGCAAGCAGACCAAGAGACCUGUUUCAGGACCAGCAACAAUUGGACCAACAAACAUCAGGUUGGGAUACCUAGGUAGCUUUUUCACUAGGAUUGCUAAACCAAAUGGAACAAAUCCACAUGGGAUAAAGACUGCUUCAUAACAUCCAGGAUGGAGUGAACUGUGCUUUAAAGUUUAACCCAUUGGCUUUGGUUUUAAGCAUACCUAACUCUCUCUCUCAAGAGUGUGAUUGCAGGCUUUUGAUCUUAUACUUACUGCUUGGUUUUCUGUUUUGGGUGGUGGUAUCCUUCUCAAAAAUGAGUUCCAAGAAGCUUCAUUGACAACUUGCAUCUAAGAUUAGCUUCAGCUGUUCAGCACCUGUCUACUGCACAUCUCCCUUUCAUAGAUUAACAAUGGAUCUAUCUAUCUAUCUACCCUGCUUUUCAGAAAAAAUUGUCUCAACAGGUCAGCACAAGGAGGACCAUCUGGGAGGUUUGGAGGUUCCUCUAUAUACUCUUCCUCUUGCAGAUGCAUCAGCCUAUACAGUGGUACCUCAGGUUACAUACGCUUCAGGUUACAUACACUUCAGGUUACAGACUCCGCUAACCCAGAAAUAGUGCUUCAGGUUAAGAACUUUGCUUCAGGAUGAGAACAGAAAUCGGGCUCCGGUGGUGCGGCGGCAGCAGGAGGCCCCAUUAGCUAAAGUGGUGCUUCAGGUUAAGAACAGUUUCAGGUUAAGAACAGACCUCUGGAACGAAUUAAGUACUUAACCCGAGGUACCACUGUAGUGCAAGCUAAGUUGCACCUGACACUUGCAACAUAUUCUCUAUUAUUAUUAUUAUUAUUAUUAUAACAUUUAUCCAUAAUUUAUACAUAAAAUGUCUCAAAGCAACUUACAGUUGGAAAUAAACAUACAAAGGCAAGUAUUUAAAACAACAUCAAAAGAAUAAAACAACAUUAUUUACCCAAAGUGCUCAUCCUGCAGUAUUAGAUAAAGGAUGAAUCCUACACCACCCAGCUAAAAGACAAACACCAAAAACAGCUAGGUGCCAUAUGAGCCCAGUUAAGAACCAAAUGCUAGGGUAAACAAUAAUGCCUUUGGCUGGCACCUAAAAGUUGAUAAUGAUGGCAUCAGGCAUAUCUCCCUAGGGAGAAAAUUGCACAACCAUCACUGAAAAGACCUGUUCUCACGUUGCCACAUUCCACACAUUCACAGACUCUGGAUAGGCUCAUAUGAGGAGAGGCAGUCUCUAAGGUACUGAGGUCUGAGUUACAUCAGUCUUUGUAGAUGAAACCCAGCUCUUCAAACUGAGGCUAAAAACUAAUGGGCGGCCAAUGAUUUUGGGCAGGAUCAGUGUUAUAUGCCUUCCAGUUGACAACCUGGCUUCUGAAUUCUACACUAGCUGCAGUUUGCAAAUUAUCUUCAAAGGUAGCUGCAUGUAUGAUAAAACACAUUGCAGUAAUCUAGCCUAAAGGUUAUCAUAUCAUAGACAACAGAAGCAAGGCUAUCUCAGUCCAGAGAGGGCUGCAGCUGGGCCACCAGUCAAAGCUGAUGAAAGGCACUCUGUGCCACCAAGGCCACUUGUGCUUCCAAUGAUAGUAAUGGGUCCACAGGUACCCCCAAGCUACAUGCUAUAUACUGUAUCUCUGUAACUGAGUGGUGUGUUGUUCUCCAUGCUAAUGAGGUGGGACAUAGGGGGUACAGAAAAGGUUUUAUCCCUCUUUGUUGCAUCCAGCGCAGAAGGUUUAAGUGACUAUGCAAUUCUAGCUUAGUCUCUGAAACGUAUUUGUGCCAACUCACUGUACUCUGGUGUUUCUUGUUUUCAGAGCCUCUGUAGAUAGAAAGCUCCUCAAGAUGAUCAACUCUCAUCAACCUGCUGUUCGCUCAUGCACAAAAAUGCCAGAGGGACUUGCAGUUCUGAACGUGGUCCGCCCUCUGACUGCCAAGGCUGCCCUGCAGAGCUUGCCGAGCAAGCCAAAUAUCUCAAUGACGGCUCAAAGCAAGACUCCCAAAUUGUAGGAAAUGCCCUCAGCAGCUGUGUGUAUGUUGUUGCCAAGUCACAGACGCUUUCAGCUGCUUUCUGUGUUUCCCAUCUUCCUAUGAGCAACACAGGCUGGCUUCUCUGACUCAUCACGAUCUCUGAACACAGCAGUGCCCUAGGUAAGCAAAGCAGUUUAAAUAAACAAUUUGAUUGACCUCAAACAAAACUGCUGCUGCGAAUGGAGACUCUGCAACUCCCCCAUCAACCAUUUUGGCAGCUUCUGCAAAAGGAGGAAUGAAAGCUUGUGCCGCCAUAGCCCUUUCAAGUGACUGUAUGCCUGAUGUUUACAGCAGCUGCGUGCCUGGCCUCAUGGCCAGGGUGGCCCCUUUGACUCAUCCAGUGGGAGGAAGGUACAGACCAUCCUUCAGCGUUCCCUCAGGUAUCCAGCUGCAGCUACUUCCAUGUGUCCAACUGCUGUCAAAGGGAUGCAGUCCCUCUUGUGAAAUCAUACAACAGACUGGGAAAGCUGUGUAGAUGGAAUUGAGUGUGCUUUGAGCAGGACUCUCUCUUUCAGAGCUUGAUUCAGGCACGAACUUGGAUUCCACGUUGAUGUAGAAACACUCCAUCUUGCUUGAAAUCAUUCUUCUCUAUUCUUUUUAGCAGGGAAAAACUCAGUAGUUCAGAAGGAGUUUGGGAGAGGGGGAUUGAGCACAUCACUGGUUUUUUGUACUUGGAAGGAACUCCUGAUGCUCAUCCAGAAUGCUGUCAUACAGAUAUACCUGAAUUGGGUGGGUUGUGUUUUCUCCAAGCCAGAUGUCCAUUGUAAAUAUAUUUGCAGUGGACAAGGUUGAUUCCCAACAAUCUCUCCUUUACCUCAUCUUUUUCAUGCGUUUUUACCACAAAUGUAUUUGCAAUCAAAUGUUCUGUAACUUUUUUUUACUAGAUCAGUUUUAAAGGAAUACAGGAAUAUGUGUGUGCGUGCAUGUGCUUGUCUGCGUGUGCAGACACACAGAUGCACACACACACACACACACACACACAUAUUCAACCACUGCAGGGAGCUUACUCUACUUUUAAUAACAUUUAUUCUGCUUUAGAAUACAAUAUGAAAUGCUAUGAACUGGUAUAAUCUGAUCUGGUUUGCAUAACAAUGUAAACAAUUCCACCAGGCCCCAGGUAUGACAUCUUAUGGAUAAAGUCAACACGUGAGCAGGCAUUCACAGAUGUUGCGAGCAGCAGUGGUUGUGAGCAUGUCAGCAGAAGAAAGCAGGCUGCCACAAUCAUGGGAGUUGCUGCUGUCUGCAUAUGUGAUAGUCAAGUUCACACUGUAUAUUUAUCCACACGAAUCCCAAGGACAGUUGGGACUGCUUGCAAGUGGAACAAAAGCUAUGUAUGAACUGGCACUCAAGACAGGUAUAUUUCAACAAUUAUUGUGAAUAUUUUGAAACUAAGUACUGUAAUUGUUUAAAUUAUUUUCUGGAAGACUAUUUAUAAUACAUGAAUUAUGCAGCA